AUGACUUCACAAAAUGAAUUUCAGCACCAGUCAAGGCGGAUCGAGCUUUUUGACCCCAAGAAAUAUUACCCAGUUCUGGAGGUCCUGUCUUUGUACUUGACCAUUGCCGACAUGUUGGUGCUUUGCCGAGUGUGCAAGGAACUUGAUGGACUCAAGGACUGUAUGUUGAAAAUCUCCAACGUCAAUAUUCAGCUCAAGGACUUUGUGGAUGACCCUCCCAUGUUCCGAUCCAAAAUGGGGAAGUACGGUGCCUUGAUCUCGGGAUCUUUCGCUCUCAAUCUCCUCGAGUUGGGCCAACGGAAGGUCUUUCAUCUUGAUAUCUUCAUCAAAGAUGUGGCUAAUGCCGAUCACUUCACAAAUUAUAUGCGAGAAAAUGAAAAAUAUCAGAGCGAUAACCCAGAAGUUGAAACGGUGCAGAACGCCAAGGCGUGCCAUCUAGGCAGCAGCGCGGGGCCAGGCAUAAAGCUUCGCAUUGCUCGAACGAGUGGAUCUCCUAUUAAUGCCAUUCUCACUUCCUCGUACACAACAGCUUGCGUCAAUUUCCUCACGUGGAAUAAGGCAGACUCGAUCUUUCCCCUACAAACGUCUAUCAAUCACCAGUUUUAUCCACUAAGAUCCCUGGAUGAUGACUUCGGCUCUAAACUGAACGAGCUUGCUAGUCAAGGCUGGACUACUCGAAAUAUUGUGUGGCCUGAUUUCGAGGGCGCAAAGACUCACAGGUUGGCAGGUCUUCGGCGCAUUGGUAGUAGUUCCAGUUUGGUAAUUCCACUGGAUACCAAUUCCGUUCAUGCGCCGGCAACCCCGGACUUCGUGAUUGAGUAUGCUCAAUUUGAGGUUUCAGGGAAAGACUUGCAGUUUGCCGUGCGCUAUGCCUACACCACUGCUGCUACGCGAUGGCGUGAUUACGUGCAAGCACGACUGAAGCGUUGGGCCUGGCUCGAAUUGUUCAAGUUGGAACCAGAGAAUCGUCCCUUCCAAUCCCCGAGCGCUCUCCCACUCAUCUCUAGUAUUUCUAUUCCACAAGGGUUCGAGAUGCCACAGUCUUGGGACUACGCUGACGAUCAAAUACCGGAGUGGUAUCAAGAAUGGGAGCAGACAUGGGUGGGAAAAGGGGGGCUGCGAUAA